CUCAGGUGUAGCGUGUUCUGUGCAAAGGUAGGGAUAAAUAUGAUCACUGUAAACACCUCUUAGUUGUCGUUAUAUUAGGCGGCCUGUUAAAGUUCACGAUUGAUGAGCGAUACUCUUCUCUUCUUCUUGUUUACACGUUUUUCUGGAAAUUAUUUUGCCUUCAUUUAACGCUUGGGACUGCUGUGAGAUGAGGAAUGGGAGAAUAAAGUAAUCGCAGCUGCCAACUGCUUCUCUCGCUAAAGAAAACACAAUUAUCAGGGAUUUAAGAUAAUUUAGUGUACAUUGUUGUUUUUUCCUAAGUUUUUCCGCGGCUUUGAACCUGAGCCUCCUCACAGCUAACCGUUUGGAUUUAGCUCAAGUAAUGCAUGAUGGCUUGCAAGAUGUUUUCAUAUGUGAUGUAUCUGUAAGGCAAAUGUUCUCAGAUAUAAAACUCACCUGCGCCUCUCGUCACCCAUCCAUAUGAACCUGCUUUGGCAAGGUUUCAUUUUUAAAUGGAAAGUUCUUGAUGAAAGUCGGCUAUAACGCAGCUUCUGCUUAAAGGUAUGAUUAAACAGUGGAGCACACUGCUGAAGAAAACCUGCAUGCCUGGAAAAUAAGGAUUUUUUUUUCCUUGUGAAGUUUUCAUCAAGAGAUGUCCAAUGAAAAGUGUGUAGAGGGUCUGCACUUUGCUUGGAUGGAGACCAGGGAGUAGAAGAGCAUCUACUGUUUGGGAAUAUUUGGAGUAACGCACACAGAUGUUCUGCGAAGGUUCGGAAGUGAUAGUAACCCCGAAGGUUCGAUAUUAUGGAUGUUUUUGAAUUAGAAUCCUUAGUUAUCGAGCACACCGAGUCUAUAAUGUGCAUUGGAUUAGAGUUCACACUUUUCAGACAAUAAAGAAACAAUAAUACCGCACCUGACAUCGAAGAAAAUAUAGUUAGCUCGUCUGACAAGGACCCAUUAUGUCAACUCUCUUUACCAGGAGGCUAUCUCUGUGCCAGACGCUGACCUUCAUCUCCCUGCUGGUCUCUUCCGUCCGCCUGUCCACCCAACAGAGUUCUUCUUGGUUGUCCGAGUGGGGUCCUUCCGGGGGUCCUCCGGUGGGGCGUCCGCUGCGUGCCCGUCGACAGCUGAGCUACAGGAACGAGUGGGCUUCCUGGACCGGCUGGUCUGUGUGCUCCCGCAGCUGUGGGGGCGGGGCCUCGGUACGCACGCGCACCUGCAUCACCAGAAACCCAGUGGGAGGCCCAUGUCCUGGUGACCCCAGACAGUACAAGAUCUGCAACACCAAGGAGUGUGCUGUGGGCUCGGAGGACUUCAGAGAGAUGCAGUGUGCUGCCUUCAACGGCAGACCUCACAUGGCUGGAAGCUCCUACACAUGGACCACCUUCCACGGAGGCUCUAACCCCUGUGAGCUGAGCUGCUUGGCUCUGGGACAGAACUUCUACUACAAUUUUGGCCGGGUUCUGGACGGCACAGCCUGCGGCAAGGAGCCUGGCGCCGUGUGUGUCAACGGCCGCUGCUUGAUGCCGGGCUGUGACCUGAUCCUGGGCUCAGAGCAGCAGGAGGAUGCCUGUAUGGUGUGUGGAGGACAAAACACCACCUGUCUGCAUCACAGGAGUGUAUACCAGAACAACGGUCAGGAAGCAGCCGGUCCGUUUGGGUACAACGAAGUGGCCAUGAUUCCAGCAGGCGCCACACACAUCCGCGUUACUGACAACAGCAGGAACUACCUCGCACUCCAGAACGGCCAAUCCCAGUUUGUGAUCAACGGGAACUGGAAGAUCAGUGUUCCAGGAGAGUACAGCGUGGCAGGGACCAAGCUGCUGUACCGCCGCUCCGCAGACACCUGGGAGAGCUUCGAGGUCCCUGGCCCCACCCUGGAGGACCUGCACGUCAUGGUGUUAGCAACAGACAGAAACCCAGGAAUAGAGUAUGAGUACUGGCUCCCUCCUGAGAGCUUCGCCCUCUACCACGGGCGGAGGAGCCCGCUACGCCAGCCCCACCACACGGCCAGCUACAUCCCCUGGGCCCCACCCACCACCACCUCCACCCGGCCUCCUCCCGUCACCACACACCCCUACUGGGUUCUCCCUGGAGGCUGGCCUGUCAAGCCCCAUCAAGAGCCUCACCAACAACCUCACCUCCAGCCUCACCAACAGCCUCACCAACAACCUUACCUCCAGCCUCACCAACAGCCUCACCUCCAGCCUCACCAACAGCCUCACCUCCAGCCUCACCAACAACCUCACCUCCAGCCUCACCAACAACCUUACCUCCAGCCUCACCAACAACCUCACCUCCAGCCUCAUCAACAGCCUCACCUCCAGCCUCCCCGCCAGCCCCGACUGGAGAGAGAUGAGUCUAGGAGAAACCAGCUGCCUCAGUCCUCUCGUGGAGGGCAUUGUGGGAAAUGUAGGCAAGUACGUGGUCGAGGGGAGCGCCAGAGACAGUAUUGCCAGAAAGACUUUGUCUUCCGGGUCAAAAUCCUGACCAAGCUGCAUCGAGGUGAGGAGACGCGCUACGAUGUCCAGAUCAUCCACACCUACCGGAACCGCUUCCGCCUGGAGCACAGGGAGUUCCUGUGGGUUCCCAACGUAUGUGACUGCCCCAACCUGGAGGAGGGCCGCCAGUACGUGCUGAUGGUGCGUCGUCACAUCAACUAUGAGCACACUCUGGACCGCAUCCUGCUGGAGGAGGACAGCUACGUGGUGCCCUAUAAACCCAGAGAGGACUCUCUGCUGCGCCACCUCGAGGGGCGCUGUAGUAACAGAGGAUCCGGGCCCUCGGCGAGACAUAGGAGCUUAGCCUAGAGACAUAACUGUACACACACACGCAUUCACAGAAUCAUCUUAGACACUCUUGUGGUGAUUUGGCAGAUAUAUUUGGGAAAUUGUUUGUGUGUGUCACUGUUGAACACCUUUUUCAUCCGCCCGCCUCUGGAAGGCAAAAAGACACAAAGUUGAUGGAAACCACUAUAAAUUCCAAAAUGGUGGAUCCAGACAUCCAGUCUGGAUGUGGUAGGGACUGCGCUUAGGUUAACAGACUUGCCAUGUUAAGAAACCAGAAACUCUUUAAGAGUAUGAAGCUCUCUAGCUUACCAAGAUAUAGCACUUUAGGUGGACAGUAAUUCCCACCUUUAAACUUCAAAUACCAAAGAGAAGAACAUUGAUCUAAAUGGCCAAGAAUAUUUGUUUGUGUGUGUUUAUUGUUUGCUUAAAUUGUUGAUAGACUAACCAUCACUUUUGGCAACGCAAAGCCAUAAUAUGUUCAAGUUUCAAAGAAAUAUUGUGUGUGCCUUUUACGUUUAUAUCUCGUCUCACCUUUUUAUUACAAAGAUAAUUCUGACUAUUUAAGUGUCAAAUGAUUAGCUAGAACUAAUAUUAUUUGCUGUAUAUUUGUGUUUUUAAGCCUUUAAGAUAUUUUAUUUUCAUAAUCUGUAAUGCAUUUUCCUGAACUGAGGUUUUCAUAUUUAAUAAUGUGUCCCUUAGUCUGCUUUGUCAUAUAAACCUUUUACUACGGUAUUAUUUACUAUGAAAAUAUGAAAAUACAGUAUUUUUUGGUGUGGCACUGAGUAGCUUC